UAUCCCACCUAUGACCCACCUGCCUACUCAAAACCCUUGGAGGAAUAUGAGGAGGACCGGCGACCUUACAUUGACCCGGAUAUGUUUGAGUGAGAAUCCCUGGACCUUUGAGCUUUGUUUUCAUUAAGUGGAUAAUUUAUGCAAUUUUGUUUUAUGUUAAUACCCGAUGGCAACAGAAAGACCUACGAAUUAUUUUGAAAUAUCGAAGAAUGCUAUUAGUGUCUUAAAUUUCUCUAGCUAUCCGACCUGUCACCAUUCUUAUAAACAUGCCGGCUGACACUUCCCGCCUUGAAUAGCUAACACAUGCCUAAUCUGCUUGAACUUAUAUUUAAUCGAAUAUUUACUGUCUGCCAGCCUCAUGAGACAGAGAGAGGAAGUGAACCUGCUGGACAAGGUGAGUCCCGUGGCCCACGUCUUUCUCCAGUUCGAGCCUUCUUUCAACCAGGAGGUGGAGGCCACCACGGCCAGUGGGGACAAGUAUGUCGUCAACAGGACCAGUUGGAUUAUCAAAGACGACCAGCCCAUGCUCUACACGUUAGAUUCGAACAACAUUCCAAGGUAUCCAAGUUGUCUGCCUCCGUGCUCAAGUUUUCUGGUUCGUUAAGUAUUCUAGCAUUUUACUCCAUCAUUUUUACUCCAUCAUUUUAUUCCAUCAUUUUUAUUCCAUUAUUUUACUCUGUCGUUUUACAGCAUCAUUUUACACCAUCACUUUUACUCCAUCCCUUUACUCCAUCAUUUUACACCAGCAAUUUACGCCAUCGUUUUACUCCAAUAUUUUACUCCUUCAUUUUCCACCGACAUUUUUCGUACACAAAUGAAUAACUCAAAAAAAAAAAAAUCAAUUUUUCCUCUCAGGAACCCCAUGGGACGCACAGGUCUCCGAGGGCGUGGCAACUUGUGGCGCUGGGGCCCCAAUCACAUGAUCUACGCCAUCGUUUCCCGGUGGAAGAGCAUUUACAACUUCUCGGACAUGAUCCAGGGACCAAAGAUUGUCAACGGGAAGAAGGUGAUGGAGGUUUUGGUAGUUCUCAACGAAAGCACUAACGAGGACUCACUGCCUGGGGUUGGUAUAUUAAAUAUUUAGCGUAGCAAUGUAGCGUUACUUGAAUACGAUUGACCUUACAGUCGGGAUAAACACAAGCAAUCUCUUAUUGACUUAUAGACCUCGUGGGCUGAGAUAAAUUUGAGCAUUAAAAAAAUUAACAUUUUUUGUUGUUUCGACUUGGUUGGUAUGAAUGAGGCAUUUCAAUCGAAGUAGAGUGCUGUAGGAAGAAUAAAAUAAUUCAAACUCACUUUAGAUCGCUAUUAGUUAUACAACUGCUUUGCUCAUUGAUCUGUCAUCUCACAACUAUGAAAAUUUAAGCAAAUGAUACAUUGAAAAAAUCGGCAGUAAUAUAAGAAGAAUAUUACAUCUAUAAGACACGUAAUAUGAUCUCAGACACCUAGCUAUAAGACACAUAUGAUGAUCUCAGACACCUAGCUAUAAGACACAAAUGAUGAUCUCAGACACCUAGCUAUAAGACACAUAUAAGACACAUAUGAUGAUCUCAGACACCUAGCUAUAAGACACAUAUGAUGAUCUCAGACACCUAGCUAUAAGACACGUAUGAUCUCAGACACCUAGCUAUGACACAUCAGUUGAUCUUAGACACCCACUACUUGCUUCUCACUGAUCAGGACUUCAUCAGCGGCCGUAUGAGUAAAUACAAUGUCAUCUGUGAGGUGUUUAUGAGAGAUCUUCUUGGGGAGAAGGAGGUGCCCAGCACAACACAGCUGGACCAGGACGACAUGACACAGGUAUAA